CUGCUGCCGUUGACUUUGGCCCAAAGCGAACAGAACUCAAAGGUCAAUGUCACAGAUAGAGACAGAGACAGCAACACCACUGUGCCUGCCCAGCUUCCACUUCCACUUCCACUUGGCAGCAACCACAGUGAUCUUCCCAAUGCCGAGAAAUUGACACGUUAUCGUCGACAUCCACCACACGGCUCCAAGCGGAGCAAACAACGAAGACGUCGUGUAAAGAGUCCUGUGCCCAAGAUUAAAUAUGGACCACCAAGUUAUCCGUCGGCACCAGUCAGCAGCUACUAUAAGCCCGCCUCUCCCUCCUCCUCCUCCUAUCCCUCCCACCACAUGGAGCCAAGCUUCUCCAUUGAGGAUUUCCAGCAUCUCAAGUUUGAUGGCACUGAUUUUCACAUUCCCGCCUCCAGUUACGAGGCGCAAUCUAUGGAUCUGAAUCUCUACAGUCAUGAGGAUAAUGAUCUCUAUGGUGCCCACAAGUUUCCCAGCCUGGAGUACAGUUUUCCUGAGCAUGAAUCGCCUCCGGUGAGCUCCUAUGAGCAUACGCCGCAUCAGAAAUAUGGAGUUCCUCCAUUGCAUCAGAGCUUUGAGCCGAGCAGCUAUGAAACUCCCGAAUCCUAUGUAUCCAAUCAUUAUGCACCACCGCCUGCACCACCAGCAUCGUCGGCAUCGCCUUCUACGCACUAUGGUGUGCCGUCUGCUCCGGCUCAUGUGCCCAGUUAUACGCAUCCAGGGCCACCGCCUGCUCCGGAUUCCUACUCCAUCUAUGAGCAGAAGAUUCCCAAUGCCGGCUAUCAUCAGAACUUUGCUGAACCACCGCGUGCACCACCGGCUGGACACAGCUCCAACUAUGAGAUCUCCUAUUCUCCGCCUGCCUACGAGAUCAGCACAUCCUACCAGGAUAGUGAACCACAAUAUGAGCACAAUUAUGAGCCUCCAGCGUCUGCCCACGACGGACACUUUGCUGAACCACCUCCGCCUGCACCACCACAGCAUCCUUCAUCAUAUCAUCCGCCUCCACAUGCUCCUUCGUAUUCACCUCCGGCUCCUCCUCAGCAUCCUCCGUCGUAUUCCCCUCCACAUCCACCUCAACAUUCUCCUCCGUAUUCACCUCCACAUCCUCCUCAACAUGCUCCUUCACAUCCGUCGCAACAUGCUCCUCCUCAUGCUCCUCCACAUCCGUCGCAACAUCCUCCCAGCAACUAUGCCCAGCCGGAGGCUCAGCCACCCAGCAGCUAUACCAAUGUGGAGUUGCAUCCCAAACCCAAUCCUGCCCAGCAUUAUCCCAAUGAGAACUAUGCGCUGCCCUCGGAGGAAUUGCCGCUGAGUCCGAAUCACAAGUUUCCCAGCUUUGAUUUUCCCAAGUCCAGCUAUGAGGUGCCCAUCUAUGAUCCCAUUCCCUUCGAGGCAUCCAACAAGGAGGAGCAGGAAUCCUAUCCACCCAUCUUACCCGACAGCAGCUCCAAUGAUCUGCCCUCGGAUGCACAUGCAUCCGGCAGUUCUCAGUCCCCAACCACGCGGAGGAAGCGAAAGCGACGACCCUCGACGGCAUUGAUCUCCAAGAAGCAUACACUGGAUGUGCCCGAGUUGCAGGAAGCCUACGAUGCGGAUUCCCAUGUGCAUGUGAGGGGCACCGACUUGGAUACGGCGGCACAUGGCUCCCGCUACGUGGAGCAGAAGCGCAACUAUGUCACCUCCACCGCGUCCACGUCAACGGUUACGACGCCAGCUCCUUGGAGUCCCAUGCGAUUUCGCACCACAUCGAGUGGUGGCUUUAUUCCCACCAUUAUAACCAGCACACCACCCAGUCAAACCACCAGCAGGAGCAGAAGUCGUGGCACCUCUCGCUUUCGCAGUCGCCCCACCACGGAGGCAUCCUCCACGGCGGUGACCAUACAAAAGUCUCGCUCUCAGAGCUACUACGAUGGCACCAUUGCACCGCCUCACUAUCAACAGUUCCCCGGGCAAACGGGGCGUGGCACAAGGCCAACACGGCCAGGUCAAGGACGAGGCGGAGGAGCACCACCUGGUGGCAUCACGCUCGCCCUACAGCCCGGCACUGAGAGAAAUCCCACAUUGAAACGUACCACCAAAGGCGUCUUCGAUACGACGCUCUUCAAGAGUCCCCAGAGCGAUCGCGAAUUGGAGCACAAGCUCCAUAUGCUGCGCCAGAACUUGCCAAAAAAUCACAAACUAUAUUAGACAUACUAUUUAAAUGGGAGACUUUCAUACAGAAGUGGG